CAUUGAAGCAGCGGCCGCCACGGGGGGAAGACCUAAUUGCAAAGGUCUCCUCCAGCCUUCGUCUGAUCUGUUUCUGAACACCCAAUUUUGCCAUAGCUGACGGUGAGAGGUCAUUCCUACUGGGUAUUCAGCCAAGCAGCCACGACUGAAUCCUGACGGCGUUGAGUACCGAGCGAAAAACACCAUGUAUCAGGUCCCCGUCGGAAAUUCUAAGGGGAAAGAUGAGCAGUGCGGGCAUGUAGGAGAGGUAAGAAGGGAGGUCAGCUCAACGACCACCGCCACGAGCCUUCCCGAUGAGAAAACGAACACAGAGAAGGACAAGGAGACACUGUUGGAGCUGGAGAGUCGAGAGGAUAAGCGGUCUGGCACCAAGGAGGACGCACAGGCACGGCUGAACUGGGCCAACAAACUACAGUUUGUGCUGUCGUGCAUUGGCUAUUCUGUUGGUCUGGGUAAUCUAUGGAGAUUCCCUUACCUGUGUUAUAAGAGCGGUGGAGGCGCAUUCCUAAUCCCUUACUUCACAAUGCUGUUCGUGUGUGGCAUCCCCCUGCUCCUCAUGGAACUGACGGUGGGCCAAUUCACGCGGAGGGGCCCCGUGGGAGCCCUCGCCAAACUCUGCCCCUUGCUGAAAGGAGCUGGAGUAGGAACCGUGGUGAUGUCUUUCCUGGUGGGGACUUACUACAACAUCAUCAUGGCGUGGUCCAUCUUCUACACCAUCCAGUCUUUCACUGAAGAUCUGCCGUGGAAGACCUGCAACGCUACCUGGGCCGACACUUGUUUUGACGAAUAUGGCGCCAACGUCACAGCACCGAACGAUAGCAAGUCAGCCACAGAGGAAUAUUUUGACAAAGUCGUUCUGCAACGGAGUGAGGGGAUAGAGGCGAUGGGGUCUGUCAGGCUGGAGCUGGCGCUGGCUCUCGUGGCCGCCUGGAUCUUGGUCUACUUUUGCAUCUGGAAGUCCAUCAAGUCGUCUGGAAAAGUUGUGUACGUGACGGCGACCGUUCCGUACCUUCUGCUCGGUGCUUUUCUCUGGCGAGCACUGACACUUCCGGGAGCUAAUAAUGGGCUCCAGUACUUCUUUAAACCUCAGUGGGAGCUGCUUCUGGAUGCCCAGGUGUGGGUCAACGCUGCUGCUCAGAAUUUUAACAGCAUUGGUAUUGCCUUCGGAUCGCUAAUAGCAUUUGCUUCCUACAAUAAGCUUGACAACAAUAUCGUCUUGGAUACGUGGGCCAUCUGCCUUACCAACGCGUUCACGUCCCUUUUGUCUGGGAUGAUUGUGUUCUCAACCCUUGGAAACAUUGCCCUGGAACAAGGCAAAGAUAUUGACGAUGUUGUCGCCCAAGGUCCAGGUCUGGUGUUCACAGUGUACCCUCAAGCGCUCGCCAAGAUGCCAUAUGCAGCGGUGUGGUCCGUCCUCUUCUUCUUCAUGCUUCUUAUCUUUGGUCUGGACUCACAGUUUGCCAAUGUUGAGGUUAUUAUUACUUCUCUUCAAGAUGAGUUUCCAAAGUGGAUCAAGAAGCACCUGAAGCACCAUGAGUUUCUUGUUAUGAUUGUAUGCUUCGUUUCUUUCAUCUGUGGUCUUCCGAAUGUAAUGGAGGGAGGCAUCUACUUUUUCCAGCUAAUUGACUACUAUGCAGCAUCCGUUUCUCUCAUGUACGUGGCCUUCUUCGAAAUAAUAGCUGUGGUGUGGAUAUACGGCGCUGGGAGAUUAGCUGAAAACCUAAAGGAAAUGACCGGAAAACUACCGUCGCUUUAUUUCCGUUGUUGUUGGUCCUUUGCUGCUCCCGUGCUCAUUUUUGCAAUAUGGAUAUUUUCUCUUGUUGACUACAAAGACCCAACGUACGAUAAUGGCAAAUAUAAAUAUCCAAACUGGGCGAUUGGCACUGGUUGGAUAAUUGCGUCCUUGUCCAUUCUCCCGACUCCAAUCCUCGCUGUGGUUGAAAUAACCAGGUCUAAAGGUUCCACCCUCUGGGAAAAAAUUAAGAGUGCCACACGUCCUAAAAUAGAGCAGUGCUCCUGCUGUGCAAGAACCCACACCUGCCUGAACGGAAGUUAUUUUCCAAGGGAAGGGGUUCGUGAUCAAAUGAAGCUGGUAGCGUGUGAUUACCCUUUGGCUGAAAACAGAGGAACUGUGGCUCCAAAUCAAGAGAAUGGAAUGAAUCUAACAGAAACCUAUGAUAGACUAGUGUGAGAUAUUAAAAAAUGGACAGCAAUCGACAAUACCUUCAGUCUCUAAUUAGGUCGAAGAGCCGAACGUGAACUAGAAUAAUUUUGGAUGUUUGAAGAUGUCGCCUAACGAGUCAACAUUCAAGGGCUACUCAUAUUUUGUGUUCAUAUGAGUUAGAAUCCCUUUCUAACACCAAAAAAUGUGUAGAUAUUUUUUCAUAGUGUGCAUUUCAAUGAACUAAGUGAUUCUGAGACUGACAUACAGUGUACAAUAAUUAGAUAUUGCAUCUUUCUUUCUGUUGCAAUGUUAUGCAUUGCCAAACACAGAACAAACAAUUAUUUUACCUCUUAUGACCUUUCCUUUGAAGCAAAGAUCGGAAUCACAUUUGUUUCAAGAAACAUGAAACAAGUAUCAAGUUCGUGGGACUGCUGGCUACAAUCGCUGUCCUCUUUUAGUCGAUCUUUUGCUAGCCAUUUUUUCCAGGUUCCAUGAGUUCAAAGCAUAGUUUAUUGCUUUAAGGGGUUGUGAUGUCUUAUUUGACACACAUAUUUAAUGCAUGUUUCUGCCCUAUGGCAUCUGAUACCAUAUAGCUUUGAUAACUGAUUUACUUUGUCAAGUGGCAUCCCUUCCUUCAGUGGUGUUUCCCCAGAUCACAACAUGUGAGGGCUACUGUGUAACUCAACCCAGGUGAAUUACUUUGGUGACCACCAUAACAUCCUGUUUUAUAUAUUUUUUUCUUCAGCCAGGUAAUAAGUUUGUUACAGAGCAAAUAACUAUGCUAUACACAAAAAGAUAUAGUAGUGAAAAGGGUAAAGAGAGGGGAUUAGUUGAUGAUUAAAUGUGCUAGUCAAAAGUCGUAUAACAGUUCAGAAUAACAUAUCACUGAAAGGGGCAAAAAGGGGUGAGGGUAGAGAGGGUGAGUAAAUGGGCUAAGGUAGGAAUUAACAAGGGUGAUUAGAUCUUAGAUCACAGUUUUAGCAAGAAGACAAUCCAGGAAUGGAAGUGGGAUGAUGUAGAUAAAGCAGGAGGGAAUGGGAUGUGUUGGGAUGGAGUGGAAGGAAGGGGUUUAAUGGGAACAUGAGUAAGAGGAGGAUGGAUGUAGACAGUCAUUUUGAGUGUUGAGAGAAUGGGUGCAAAGAGAUUGGAGGAAGGGUAAGGUGUAGGCAUGUCAUCUUGGGUCAUGCUUAGAUGAUUAGCAGAGCAAAGGACAGCUCUGGAGUAGUAAGAGAAAAACCUCAUACGUGUGCUUCUUGUCUUACCUCAUGCAGGGGCAGAUCCAAAACUAUUCUGAAGGGGAAGCAGUUGAUAAAGGGGGGCCCUUAUAAACCUUAGGUAAUUGAUUGAUAUUGUACCAUCACUAUGUUGCUGUAGGAAAUCGGUUUAGUUUACACCGUAGGUCAUGCUCACUUUGAGUGGUUUGAAAA